CAAUUAUGUUACAUCAGUAGUAGAGUAGUGGUGAAGUAUCACAGACUCAGAGAUCCAAUUAAGUGAGGCUGGGAUCUCUGAUUUUCAAAUGUACCUUCCUCACAUUGCCAUUUUCCCUAGUUUUCCACUCCCAUCCCAUCAUGCAAAGCUAAGCUAGCUAGCACUGGUUACUCUAAUAAGCAAACACUUUUCUUUCUUUCUUUCAAAUUUUUUGUUUAGAUAUGAACAAAAACCGCAGAGAAUCCCGGCAUCAGCCCCUAUAAAUCCAACCCCUGCCAUACUCACAUAAUACCAACACAACUUUCCUCUCUCUCUCUCUCUCUCUCUCUCUCUCCUUCACUUGCUUGGAGCAAUGGCUAAAGCCUUGUUGGCAUCAGUGCCGCUUUUCCUGCUCCUAGCAGUGAGUAGUAGUGUGGUUGCUGAAGAGCUUGAAACUCUUCCACCUUCUUACCCUCACCCUCACUCUCCCACACAAGCACCUCUUCACCCACCAGCAAGUGCUCCUCACCCCCACCACCACCACCACCACCACCCUCCAGCACCAGCACCUGCACCUGUUCAUCCACCUUCUCCUCCUACCCACCACAAUUACCCUCCUACCCCUGCCCCUGCUAAGUCUCCUACUCAUCACCAUCACCAUCACCCUUCUGCUCCUGUUCACCCUCCUCUUAACCCUCCAGUUAAACCUCCUGUUCCGGUUCACCCUCCUCUCAAUCCUCCAGUUAAACCUCCUGUUCCGGUUCACCCUCCUCUCAAUCCUCCGGCUCCGGUGCACCCUUUCCCUAGAAGCUAUGUCGCAGUUCAAGGAGUUGUCUAUGUUAAAUCCUGCAAGUAUGCUGGGGUUGACACCCUCUUGGGAGCCACACCACUACUUGGUGCCGUUGUGAAGCUCGAAUGCAACAACACCAAGUACAAGCUGGUCCAAACGAGCAAAACCGACAAGAACGGCUACUUCUACAUCGGAGCACCAAAGAGCAUAACCACAUACGGGGCCCACAAGUGCAACGUGGUUUUGGUCAGUGCACCCUAUGGGCUUAAGGCCUCAAAUCUCCAUGGUGGUGUUACCGGUGCUCUUCUCAGGCCCGAGAAGCCUUUCUUGUCCAAGAAGCUUCCCUUUGUGCUCUACACUGUUGGGCCUCUUGCAUUUGAGCCCAAUUGCCAUUAAAAUGAAGAAAUUAUUAUGGAUAUAUAAUAUGAUAAUGAUAUUUAAGUUAUAUAGAGCUAUGUUGCCUUUAUUUGCUUUAUGGCCUUGUUUUGUUUUGUUGUCUUCAUUUUUAGUUUAAUGUGUUUUCCUUUUUGUAGCUCUGAGCUUGAAUUGAUCAUAUACAAUAAACAGUGGAUAGUUCAAGUAUGGCUUUUAGUUUA